AUGUCCUACUACGGAGAAAGAGAUAACUACUACGGCGGGCCGCCUCAACCCUCCUACGGCCAGCCUCCCUACGGGCAACAGCAACAGCAACCACCAUCCUACGGCCGGCCACCUUACGGGCAACAGCAACAACAACCAUCCUACGAUCGCCCUCCCUACGACCGGCCCCCCUACGACCGUCCUCCCCCCGAACGCUCCCCCUCCUCCUUCGAUCCAUCCCGCCCCCGCUACGAGGGACCACCCUACAACAGCUCUUCGCCCGCACCUCCGCCUUCCGCCCGCCCACCCCCAGGCCCCCCACCGCCUCUUCCCCUCGGCUGGGUCCAAGAAUGGGAACCUAGUCUUCGCCGCGCAUUCUUCGUCGAGACUGCAACAGGCCGCUCGCAGUGGGAGACCCCCAUGCAAGACUCCGACCAUGCCAGGGGACUAGGCGGGCCCCCGCCGCCUCACUAUGCUUCUCCGCCGCCGCCGCAGCAGGACAGAGGCUACUAUGCUUCUCCUCCCCCGCCGCCGCAGCAGGACGGAGGCUACUACCCCCCUCCCGGGGGCGCGUAUCCGCCUCAGGACCAGAAGAAGAAGUCCGGCGGGAUGGGGAAGAUCAUUGCGGGAGGUGUGGCGGGUGUGGCGCUCGGUGCGGCCGGUAUGGCGCUGUGGGACCAUGAGAAGCGUGAGGACGAAGAGGAGGAGGAGCUCAAGGAGCGGGUGGAGAGGUUGGAGGAGGAGAGGUAUUCGGAUCGUGAGGAGCGGGCUUACUCGCCUCCUGUGGAUGAUUGGUAG